AUGGACCAUUGGUUGCGUCGGCAUGGUUAUGCUUCCUUACAGAAAUUAGAAGAACGCUUAUCGGACUCUGAAUCGCCUUUAGAAUUCGUUUCGGAUGUACCAGGAUUUGGACUAGUAUUCGACAGUAAUGGAGUACGUUUUAUGAUUAGUAACUUGCUCAUUUAUUACAGUUUUGAGGCGAUAAUUGAUCCUGAGAACAAAUGGGGUGUUGAAGACAAGUUGUCGCAGAUCAACACUCUUCAACAAUUGGAGAAUAUCGCCAGUCACGGGUUCAUGACUAAAAAGACGGUCGAUUUGCACGCAAUGUGGUUUGACAUCUUUGCUGGUGAAAUGUACAUGUUCAGUAAACCACGCAAACAGUUUGUUCUCAUCAAUAAUGAGACUGUGGAUGAAUUGGAGCAAGAAGUUGAGAGACAUCUAGCCUAA